AAUAAUAAUCAUAAUAUUGAAAAUCACGUUUAUACAAAAAAAAAAAGACGAUGGCAAAUCGUAUAACAUUGCAUCAUCAACAUGAGAGAGAUUAUACACGUACAACCCUAAACCCUAAAUUUUAAACCUGAAAUCCGAUCAAAAUAUAUAUAAAAAAAACAAAGAGAUUUGUAUCAAAACAUGUUCAAAGGGGUUGACUAAGUUUUUGCCCGGAAUUAGAGGUUGUGUCCAUGUUGGUCCCUCAUGGCCAACCAACUAUUACUCCUUUUUUAUUUGCUCUUCACGUCUCUCUCUUCUUUCCCUUGUGGUGUUUUUAUCACAAAAAAAGGUCUUUUACCCACAAACACAGUCACGACAUGCUUUGCCCCAAGUUUUCCUUUUCCUUCACUUUCCUGUGUUUCUCCCUGGAGAGGAUAAUGUACAGUUUCUUGUGCCGAUGAUUCAUCGCAAAUCCAAGUAAAAGGAGCCAACUUUCUCGCUCUUUUCAUCUUUUUAUAAUCUGGGUCUUCUCCCUUUUGGUGGAACAAAUUCUGGGUCUUGGCUUUUAAGCGCAGACAGAAAAUCAGGUUGAUGCAAUAGUUUCUCUACCUGAUCCAUUCGUCUCCCGAAAAACAACAACUUUAAUCUUUGUUUUGUCUUGUUUUUCACCUGGGCUCUCUCCAUCUGCAGAAACAGGGCCUGGGUUUUGAUCGGAGUUCGCAGACAGAGAUGCUGCAGCCGAAGAUAUUCUGGUUUUUUAUCAAAGCUUUCACGGUUCUAGUGUUGUUAGGACUAGACCUCGCUCGGGCUGGUCCACAUCGUAUUCUGUUGGAUACAGAUGUGGACACCGACGAUUUCUUCGCCCUCUUGUACCUCUUGAAGCUCAACAGAUCAGAAUUCAGUCUCGAGGUUGAACACACUUCACUUCUUCACCAUCACCAAUCAUCAUCUUCCACUCUCCUCAGUUCUUUCUCCUCCCUGAGUUUACUGCAGCUACUCGCUUGCGAUCUGAUCUGGUUUUCUAUGCUGUGUCAGGGGAUCACCAUCAAUACAAAUGCGUGGACAAACGCGGGGCACGCGGUGAACCAGAUAUACGAUGUUCUAUACAUGAUGGGUCGUGAUGAUAUCGACGUUGGAGUCGGGGGUGAAGGCGGCAUUCUCGACGACGGCUCCAUUCUUCCUGACGUCGGUGGUUAUCUUCCCAUCAUCGAACAGGGGAUGACGACAACAGGAUGGUGCAGAUACAGACAGGCCAUUCCCAAAGGUCUUGGGGGAAGGCUUGACAUUGACACCAACUACGGAUUCCGCAAACAGUUCCUCCCUCAGGGAAGCAGGAGGUACACUCCACUCCGUCAAGAAACGUCUCAGCAAGUGAUCAAAGACAAAGUGUCUAAAGGUCCGAUCACUGUGUUCGUAAUCGGAGCUCACACUAACCUCGCCAUCUUCCUGAUGUCGAAUCCUCAUCUGAAGCGAAACAUCCAGCACAUAUACGUGAUGGGAGGCGGCGUAAGAUCGAGGAACCCUACCGGUUGCUGUCCUAAGAACUCCAAAGAUUCUUGCACGCCUCGCCAGUGCGGAGAUCGAGGGAAUCUCUUCACCGAUUACACCAGUAACCGUUACGCAGAGUUCAACAUGUUUGCUGAUCCUUUCGCUGCUUAUCAGGUGUUUCAUUCGGGUGUUCCGGUCACGCUUGUUCCUUUGGAUGCAACAAACACCAUACCCAUCAACAAGAAGUUCUUCGAAACGUUCGAGACGAACCAAAGAACUUACGAAGCUCAAUACACUUUCUUGUCCCUAAAAAUCGCUCGAGACACUUGGUUUGAUGACCAGUUCUACACUAGCUACUUCAUGUGGGAUUCUUUCUUAGCCGGUGUGGCUGUCUCGAUCAUGCGUAAUUCUGGGAAAGACAACGGUGAAAACGAUUUUGCAAAGAUGGAGUACAUGAACAUUACCGUCGUGACGUCGAAUAAGCCUUACGGGAAAUCUGACGGAUCGAAUCCGUUCUUUGACAACCGGAGGGUUCCAAGGUUCAACCUGACUCGGGGAGGAGUUCACAGCGGUCAUGUUCAGACAGGUCUGAGAGAUCCAUUCUGUGUUUCGAAAGGAGAAGGAAAAUGCAUGGACGGUUACACGAAGGAGACUUCUGGGUCGGAUUCUGUUCGUGUUCUUGUGGCUACAAGAGCAAAACCGAACAAAGACACUGGAAGCAAACUGGACAGAGAGUUCUACGUUAGCUUCCUAGAAGUUCUGAACAGGCCUGAGCAAACUGCUAGGUUUAACUUCUCGACAGAGUUUCCGUACUACAGAGAAGAAUUGUACAUACCAGACUUGAGCAAGAAACGGAUUGGGAAGCCAGUGGUGUUCGACAUGGACAUGAGCCCUGGAGAUUUCCUCUCUCUCUUCUUCCUCCUGAAAGUUCCUGUGGAAAUUAUCGACUUGAAGGCGAUAAUGGUGAGUCCGACAGGGUGGGCAAACGCGGCGACGAUCGAUGUAGUGUACGAUUUGCUUCACAUGAUGGGUCGCGAUGACAUUCCGGUGGGUCUCGGCGACAUGUUCGCCGUCAACCAGUCGGACCCCAUUUUUCCGGCGGUCGGAGAUUGCAAGUACGAGAAAGCUGUUCCUCAAGGUAGCGGCGGAUUUCUCGAUUCCGACACUCUCUACGGCCUUGCCCGUGAUCUACCCAGAAGCCCCAGGAGAUACACAGCAGAGAAUUCGGUAAGAUAUGGAGCUCCAAGGAACACAGAUCGGCCUGAGCUCCGUCAACCUUUGGCACUUGAAGUUUGGGAAAACAUGGUGAAAUCCAUGAAUGGAGAAUCUAAGGUCACAGUCCUAACCAAUGGACCCUUGACUACCCUGUCCAAACUCCUCUCAUCUCAGAAGAACUUGACCUCUGCAAUCAAGGAAGUUUACAUAGUGGGAGGACAUAUAGACAGAAGAAACACAGACGAGGGAAACAUCUUCACCGUCCAUUCAAACAAAUACUCCGAGUUCAACAUGUUUCUUGAUCCUUUAGCAGCAAAGAACGUUCUGGAAUCAGAUCUGAACAUCACCCUCAUACCGUUAGGAACCCAACGCAAGUUGAACUCCUUCAAAACGAUGCUUAACCAACUCUUCUUGUCAACGAAAACUCCAGAGUCUCGGUUCAUCCAGCGUUUGCUCGGGAGAUUGUAUGCCCUUCACCAGAAUCACUACAGAUACCAACAUAUGGACAUGUUCUUGGGGGAGAUUUUGGGAGCAGUUUUCUUGGGGGGUGAUGCGACUGAACUGAAACCAAAACUGGGAACAGAGUAUGUCAGAGUGAUUGCAGAAGGAGAUGAAUCAAGAGAUGGCCGAGUUUCGGUAGAUAGAGUUCAUGGGAAACGAGUAAGGGUACUCGAAAACGUAGACCCGAGAGCUUGCUACGAGAUAUUUGCCUCACGACUUGGCGAUAAGAAACAGUCUGCGGUUAUAGGAAGCUUUGAAGAACAGAAGAAGAAAUGGAACACACCGCCAAGUUAAAACCACUGUUUCUUUUUUCUUCUUCACGUUUUCAUUACAGAUCUUUUUUCUUACAGCCGACAGGAACUAUUAUUGAUUCUUUUCUUUUUAGAA